CAUAGAAACGUCAAAAGAGCCAAAUGUAUAGAGUGUCGAACAGAUGUGUUAUAAGUUCACUGAACACGGCAAAUUUUCGCAAAGUGUAUAAUUCAAGGUGUCGAAAAGACAUUAAAGACGCAGAAUUUUAAUUUAAAGCUAUUUCUACACUCGUACAACAACUAUGACCGCAACUGCAGUCGAUCGUGGAGGACAACGGGGCGUGGGCCGUGUGCUUGUUAAGUUGGAAAAUUCAAUUGAGUCGGGCAACUAUUAUGAAGCACAUCAAAUGUACCGUACAUUGUAUUUUCGCUACACCGGUCAACAGAAAUACACCGAUUGCUUGGAGUUAUUGUGGAGCGGUGCAAUGAAGCUUGUUUCCAAGCAGCAGGAGACCAGUGCUGCUGAUUUAGCUCUACUGCUCAUCGACACCUUAGAGAAGCGUGGUAGUGCUGAGUCAGACUCCAAUAGUGACGGUGACUUAUGGAUUGAUCGUUUGGGCACUAUUAUUGGACGGCUUAGCGCUACAACUGUUGAGCGCGAGACUUUGGUAAGUCGUGCAAUCAAAUGGAGUAGCGAUAUGUCCGGCAACUCAUUGGGUCAUCCUAAUAUGCAUAAAGCCAUCGCUCAAGUAUUUUGGGCCGAGGGAAAUUAUGAGCAAGCUCGCCACCACUUUUUACUUAGUCGUGAUGGAAAUCUUUGCGGCCGCAUUUUAAUCAAGAUUCACAAAAACAAAGGCUACGAUAGCGAAUUGGACUUAUUCAUAGUGCAAGCAGUACUACAGCAGCUGUGUUUGAAAGACCGCAAAACUGCUGAAAAUACGUUUACCUCUUUCGUCAUAAAUCAUCCGGAUAUUAGGCGUAAAGAAGCUCCCUUUAAACAACCACUAUUGAAUUUCGUAUUCUUCCUGUUUCGAUGCAUCGAUACAGGACGGAAUGAUGCUUUUCGUACUUUAUGCGAUUUGUAUAAACCCAGUUUGAAUAGGGAUUCAUCAUUUGAGAAGUAUUUGGUAAAAAUAGGAAUACACUUCUUUGGUGUUGCACCACCACCUUCAGCGACCGGUGGUGGUUUAAUGGGUGGCAUGUUCGGCGACUUAUUUACUAGAUUAUUCCAAGGAUUUGACGACGAUGACGAUGAAAGCGAAAAUGGGCAGCAUCCAAGGCCAUGCACGGAUGCACGCAGCCGUAUUGGAGGUGCAGCGAAUGCCACUGAUUUGGACUAGCAUCUAAUGAAUAUUGCCACAUGAUUGGACUUUGGACAGAAGGAUUUAUGUUUUAUUAUGUUUGUGUGAAAAAAUAAGCUUCAAUAAAUAAUACAUUUAACUUUUAUAUGUUAAA